UUAAAUGGCUAUAUAAAUAUAUAAAUAUACACUACUGUUCAAAAGUUUGGGGUCACUUGCAUAUAUGUACUGUAUACAUGUACAAAACUGCUCAUAAGUUUGUGAACCCAAACCCCCAAAAUUUUGAGACGAUUCGACAACAUACAGAAAUUUGGCAAAGCGCAGAUGAUGAGAAAUUAGUCUUUUAAUCUACCGUUUAGCCCUGCUUGUCAUUAAAGCGCUCUUGCGUCCCCAGCUGGAUAAUGACGUCGGCAGGGUAACGAUUUCAGCUGAUUUAGAAUUCAGCCCAUUGAGGGGGAAGAUUCAGAACGAGGAAAAUACGACAGGGAGCAGCAAAAUGCCGUCGAUUGGUUCCUCGGUUGUAGGACUUGUUUUGCCCAUCGCGGUGAACUAGAAUCUUUUGGAAAUCCAAAAAGCCUCACACCACUCUAGCAAAUAUAUAGUAGCAAAAAAAGCCUGCAGCACAAUGGGCUGGCGUGACGCAAAAAAUAAAUGAAUUAAUCCGCAAAAUUAGCUGAUCCAUAGUACAAUCCGCAGUUUUUCUGCAUGCUAUAGUGAUGGCUGCAUUGUGAAGAUGAUUUCUAACGCUGAUGUCACAUUCGCCUCCUUCCUCAAUCCAGACGCUUGCCAGAAGUCACUCAUUUUCAUGGCGCGGGAUUCAAUAAAUUGACUAAAUAUAUCGAUCGCUUCCACACACAUCCAAGCGAUCCAUUUCAUUCAGGAGCAUAAAAUAUGGCGUGUAAUAUGAAAUAAACAUGCUUUUUUCUGUCACGGGCACUUUAAAUGAAUUGGGCGUCCACACCAAAUCACAGCAGAAGGAUUGGACGCCUGUUAUCAUCAAUGGCAAUAAUGUCAAUGAAAACGAUAGAUGUCAAAACCAUUUGAAGUGGAAGGGUUAGCAGCAAAUGAAUGAAUGAAUCAAUAGAUUGGAAAUCUAUAUAUUUUUCGUUUUUAAGAGCCACGUAAUUGGACCUCUAUCAUCCUCAAUGGCACUGAAAGACUUAACGCAGACUUUCUGGGGAUCUUGACAUUGACCAAUCCUCUCAGAAAGAGAAUGAUUAGUUUUCAAAUGUAAUCAACUUUCACUGUAGCCUUUAAUUAAGUUAAAUCAAAGUGAGCUGACUCUUUCAAUGAAUGAAUCAAUCAGAUUUCAACAGCAGAUUUCUGCUAAGCUCGUCAGCAAUUUGCGUAUUGGACUGCUGCUUUUAUAAGUUGAACUGUGUUGCGAUGUGAUGAAAUAGCAAGCCGCUGAGCUGACCGACUUCCUGCAAGCUCAACCUGACACAAUUGUGUACAACUAAGUGACUGGGUGGAGUGACGCUUUUUGCAAAAGAGAGAAAAUGCAGGAGGAACGGGAACAAGAAGCAGAGGAGCGGAUUUCGUCACGGCCUUCCGUGGCUGAACUUGCCGGAAGGUUCAAGGGCUCGUCUCCUCCCUCUGCCAGCGAGACAGAAAAGCCAGUCCGCCGACGACCUCCUCGCACCUUACAACUGCCCAAAUGCCAUGGAGAUGAGCAUGAGAAAGCUGAGGGUGUGACUUCGCCCGUCAAAGUCAAGAGGAACUCUGCCCUGAUUGAGAAGCUUCAAGCCAACCUGGCUCUCUCACCCACCGCCCUGCUGCCCUCGCCCAGAAGUCCUGGCAUCAGACCACUGCUGCCAUUCAGUUCGCCAUCCUCGCCCAGCCCUGUCGCAGGAAGCCCCUCGUCCACGUUGUCGUCACCUGCGAUGGCAGAAGAGGAGGGACCAGUGUCGUUUGACGCCCCUGCCACAGCGACAGAGGGAUCCCUCUUGGUGAACGUAAACAAAACCCGGGCCCGCCACUCCCUCAAGCGACGCCCUCCGUCCCGCCGCCACAGAAAGUCCAGUAGUGGAGAGGAAGCGUGCGUGGCCAAGGAGGAGACAGACACCGUGACCCGACUUGAGCAUAAAACAAGACAGGAAGCAGGAGAAGGAGAUGUCUUCAGCGAUGAGAAUCAAAAUCAUCUCAAGAAUGACAAAUCAGACAAAAGGCCAAAUGAAGACCAAACAAAUAAUGGUGUCGGUCACCGAGGAGAAGGAGAAGAUGACAAGCGGGUGGACGGAGAGGAGAGUCAAGAUGGUGUCAGUGUAGAGGAAGAGAAGCAGGAAAAGACCUCAGCAGAAGAUCAAAACAACAAUCAAGAAAAAAGUCAAGGUUCCACAUGUCAGAGUUGAAGAGAAGUGGAACAAGGUUGCGGUUUCUCUACAAGGGGGCUCUGGAAGCAACCACUGUGGGACUGGGGAAACCGCCCAACAGAGCUGUAACCGAAUACCUGAAAUCAACCUGCCGUUAUAUUUACAGGUGGCACGAGACAGUGAGAAAGUGACUCCAAUUCAUGGAAAAUGUGUUUUUCAUUAUUGUUGUUCAUGUUCCGAUCCUGAAAUCUGUCACUUUUAUUGUAUAAAACCACUCAGUUGGCAAUUUAUUGGCUUUGUGUUAAAGCACCAUCAUCUUCACACGCUGAUGACAGUAUUAGUACAUGAGUACAGAGCUGUCUUCAGAUACACAAUAUCUUAUUAAAGGGAGCCUUGGAUUUAAAGACUUGUAGGUUCUAAUAAGCCACAAUUGUUCUCUUUUACUAAAAUAUGUUAUCAGAAACACAAAUAUUAUUGUCAUUGAUUUAAAAAUCUAUAAUAUUUAGUACAUUUUUUUGACCUACGAUGGGCGCCAUGUUUUACGUGCACAAUGCACACUGGGGGUGAUGACGUGGUUAGGCUGGACCGGCAGAAUAGCUGCUAGCAAGCGAAGCUAGUAUGACGACUGGAAUGAUUUUGUCACAUUCUGCUGCUGGUCAGAUUGUUUUGUUACAGAGCUGUGGGAUGGGUUCCUAGCUCGUCCUUGCAUCCAAUUCCAGCUCAUCAGCAGUGUCUUUAAACCAAUCCUAGGCGGUUUGCCAAGAUAUCGACUUGCUGCCAUUUGGCAGUAUGUAUAUCAUUGCUAGUUGCAUCAAUGUCAUUUUUUCAUUUGUCUGCCUCUCUCCUCUUUUUCUUUAUUGAUCACGAUCUACUGUCACGGACCCUUUUUGUGUCGCCCUUUUCGUGAUUGCGUGU